AACGUCCAACUCUAUCUUUAUUUAGCUCUAUGGUUCACCGAAUGUAUUAUUGGAUUUCCUUUCUUCUCACAAGUAGAAACAAUAAAACAAGAUUAAAAGUGAAUUGUUAGUGUUUCUUAUUUCAGUGAAAAUUCAAGUGCCUCACAAUGGCAGACAACGAACAAAAAGCAAUGCAAUUGAUGGCAGAGGCAGAAAAAAAACUAACCUCCUCCAAAGGUUUCUUUGGUUCCCUUUUUGGAGGGUCAUCAAAAGUGGAAGAAGCUGUAGAAUGUUAUCAGCGAGCAGCUAAUAUGUUUAAAAUGGCAAAAAAAUGGGGAUCUGCAGGGAAUGCAUUUUGUGAAGCUGCAAAUUUGCACGCUAAAUCGGGAAGUCGACACGAUGCAGCUACAAAUUACGUUGACGCUGCUAAUUGCUAUAAGAAAUCUGAUCCCAAUGAGGCUGUAAAUUGUCUAUUAAAGGCUAUUGAGAUUUAUUUAGAAAUGGGCCGUUUUACGAUGGCUGCAAAACACCAUCAAAGUAUAGCUGAAAUGUACGAAAGUGAAGCUGUUGAUUUAGAACGUGCUGUACAUCAUUAUGAACAAGCAGCUGAUUAUUUUCGUGGUGAAGAAAGCAAUUCUUCAGCAAACAAGUGUCUUCUGAAAGUCGCUCAAUACGCCGCCCAACUUGAAAAUUAUGAGAAGGCUAUUCAAAUUUACGAACAGGUUGCCUCAUCGUCACUGGAAAGUUCGUUACUCAAAUACAGUGCAAAAGAAUAUUUCUUUAGAGCUGCUUUAUGUCAUCUUUGUGUUGAUGUUCUUAAUGCUCAACAUGCCAUUGAACGAUAUGAACAACAGUAUCCAGCGUUUCAAGAUUCCAGGGAGUAUAAACUUAUCAAAACACUUAUAGAACAUUUAGAGGAACAAAAUGUGGAAGGUUUCACAGAAGCAGUUAAAGAAUAUGACUCAAUUUCACGUCUUGAUCAAUGGUAUACAACUGUUUUGUUACGUGUGAAGAAACAAGUCAACGACAACCCCGAUUUGCGCUGAUUAUUUUCAUUUGCCUUGAGGUACAUUCCAGUGUCACUUUUCUUCCUCUGAUCCCACGUGUACUCCUAACACUCCAUUUUCGCUUGUAACGAACAUAAAACAAAAAAUGUUAACUACAAACACAAUUCUCCUCAUUUGGUCUUAAUUUGUGCAUUAAGACCAGUCAUUCACGAUACGAUCAUAUUAAAUUUCAUUGAAAAUUCGUUCAACUAGUAAUCGCAUAUACAUCAUAGUUCAUAAAUAAUCAGUGGUAUAUAAAAAUGUAGUUAAACGUCAAGUACUAUAAUAUCAUCUCAAUAAUGCCCAAGGUUAAUUUAGAAGCGUGUAAUUAGCUAGGGAUCUGUAAGUAGUCCUUUACAUAUAUUUAUUGCUAUUGUUAAAACUUUAUGGUGUAUGUAAUCACAUAAAAAAAAGAAAACAACAACCCGUUUUUAAUUCGGCUUCUAAAAUAUUAUGUCAACAUAAAAAUAAUCUACUGUAAGUCAUGUUAAUUAAUAUUUUUCGUACAAGUAAUGAAGUAAAUAAUGCACGUUGAUAAUAAUUCACAAUUCUAGAUUCGCAAUAAACGGUCUCCUAAAUUAUUAUAGAUCAGUCGUAUAUAUAUAUAUAUUGAAAGUGAUUUAAAAAAUAAUAAUAAUUUUUAUUAUUCAAAAAUGGAGAAAUAAUUAUUAGUAUCAAUUGAUAUCAUAUUUUAAGUGUUUGGUUAAAUUUAAUUAAGAAUAUUAUGUUAUGUUUAUGUGAUAUUUUGCGUUUACAUAUUUUAUGUACUUUACGUAUUUUAAACAGUUGUUACUCAUGUUCAAGUUGAUUAAAAAUUUAAAUUAUUAACAAUUACCUCAAAACUUUAAAUUUUAGUUCAUGAAACUUAUUUUACAUUUUAAAAUUAAUUUUUAAUAAUUUAUUUUGUAAUAAUUCUUUUUUUCUAGAAGGUUAAAUUUUGUUUUUCUAUACACAAUCUAUAGAGGUAAAUUAUUACAAUUUAUUUAAAACAUUUAAAAUAAAAAAUUAUUAUAGAAUAAUUUUACAAUUAAAAAUAAAUAGUGUUGAAAAAAAUUUGCAAACAAUGCAUAUGCAGCUGAGACCAAAAUAAAUACAUAAUCAGUUCUGCAUUUUGACGAAGAAGAGUUUUUUUUACUCUUGUUUUAGUUGAACAUGAGUUUUAUUGUUUAUUUAUAUUUGUUGUUACAUUUUUUAAUGUAUUUAAUUUUCUAGUGUAAAUUAUUCACAUAUAUUUGCUUUUUAUUUUAAUUAGGCAAAAAAAAAUACAAUAAUUAGGUCAAUAACAAAUAACUUUAAUAUUGUUUUUGUCAGUUAUGUAUUUUCAUUUUUAUAUUAUUUAUCUUGAAUUUAUUAUAAGCAUAAUUUAUUAUAAUAUAAAAUUUUUGUUUUGAAAUAAAAAAAAAGAACAUAUUUUUA